GAAUUUGUAUCCUGCUUGUAUUUUGCAACUUCCAAAUUAUUGUUUCUUUUGGCAUUUCCAUGCAUGGGCCUUCACCUGUUUGUUGCCAAAUCUUCAGUGCAGCGCACCAUUGAAAUCUUCGCUGCAGCAUUGGGAUUCCUAAACAAAGAAUCUUCAUUGCAGCUGGUUGUAGGACAGAGCUCUGACCAGGAAUUGUAGGCAUCGCCCAAGCAUUGUUUGGCAGCGUCCAUCGGGCAUCCCAUCCAUUUUCACCUAUGGCAGUUUGUUUGAGUUUCAUGUCUUGGUGUAGAGGGAUGUAUAUAGAGGAUCGGGGGACUGGAUGGAGAAGGAAGACGGAGAAAGACGAGGGGACAAGACACAUACUGUAGAGGAUUCGAAUGGAGGGUUGCUAAGACGUGAUGGAUUUGACAGGGAUAGGUGCCCAAGCGGCAAGGUUUCUUGGUACUCUUCUGGGAGACACUUGCAUCGAGAGCAGCUAGUGUGAAAAGAGAUUGCACCUUUUGUUCGCUGCGCACUUUCGCCAUACCCCCUUCAUGAAGGUGUGCCACAGGCAAGUUGGAAGACUGCCGGUGGAAUUGUUUUUGGCCGUCGCUGUGUUGCGCAGUUUGACAUGUUUUUGGACAUGUUUGUGCCGCUUUGCUGCUGAUAAGUUGACCGAUCGCUCGCAGGCGUCCUUUUGGUCGUCGGGUGGCUCUUGUCACGUUGAAAUUUGUCAGGGUGUGGUUUGGCGAAGUACGUGUUGAACGUGGCAGCGUCACAUUGGUUAGUUGAUCUUGUGGCACAGUCUGAAUACUGCUGAGCUUGUUGAUUCAACUGCUCUGUGACCUGAAGAAAGCUGGCGUGGCAUAGUGUCGGGUCGCAGCAGUAAUCCCGGUUGACCGAAAUCUGGUUGAUGCGCCAUUUUGGUGCAGAUAGUUGAGGUUCCAGGAACUUUCUCAAGGUGCCAGCGGAUGCAAUUUGGAGGUCCUCAGAGCUGAAGUCCGUUGGCAUGACUGUAUGGAGGAGGAAGAUCACUGAGUCCUUCCGGCGAUUCUAGCCUUAAACUUUCUGUGCGAGUUGUAUAUAUAUUUGGCCGAUAGGCCGUAACUUCCGUCGGCUGGUGUUGGCACCAGUGCUCCAAUUGCUCGCACCCAUUUGCUUCUAUGCCGCCACUCUGGAAUUGUCAACAAACCUUGCCGCCCCUCUUUGCCACGCCCGCUGACACCCCUCUUGCCGGCCAAAUGUUUGAUACGGAAACUAAGAGAUUACUGUAAAUGUUGGUUUUACCAGCGGUCUCUUCCUUGCAGCCUCCAUGCAUAGAUGGGGCCUCCACAAGUCCACCUUUCAUAGCUCAUCGAGGUGGGCGAGAGUUGAGCUGUUUGGAGGUAGGCGGCAGAUCGGAUAUAUCAUUAGGCCAAUCUAGAGCUUUUCAAGCUUUGUGUGGUGUGGCCUAUUCUUUUCUUGGUCAAGCUAUGUUGUGCAAGAGAAGCUGCUCAAGAUUUGUGAAGCGGUCGUCUACGCCUGCAAUCUUCUUUAAAUCUGGCUUUGGCUGUCGCAACAGAUGAUGUCAUUAUUUUGGCAACCAGACUAUGUACAUCGUCAGAGGCUGCUGCAAAGUUGGUCGAGGUGAUGUGGGAACAGAAUGUUCUGCGCACUGCAAAAGACUCAAACAACAGGCUGAAUGUAGAUCUUGAAGUGGGAAAAGGGCUGGGGGUGCCACCUGCUCGCACUCUGGCCAUGGUUGCUUUCCUUCACACUUCGCAAGCAGUCCGCAAAGGUGGUCCAUGGGGUCUUGACCACGUUGCAAUGAGACUUGCUUAUGCGAGCUGAGGCUUUUCUUCGUGUUUGUGCCUCAGAUUCUAGCACCGAGUUUCAAAUAGAGGAGGUGAAGCACUUGGCCCGGCUAGCUGCCAAGCAGGGCUAGAUUGUGGUUCUGGAAGAAAACUUCAUCCCCACAAGUUGAAUCUUGCAGGGGAGGUAUAAAGCUCAGGACAGGAUCGAGCAUAGCCUAUCCUGCACAGACAUUGAACCGAAAGGAUAUCAAGUAUUUGCAUCGGGAGGGUAGAGAUUAUGGUGUGUGUUUAGACUUUAGACAGAAAGGCGGAUAGUGCUAGGAGGGUGAGGCAAAGACCAGAAGGGCGAACAAGAUAAACGAGCAUCAAAAUGAGACUCGGAACUCUUUGUCGCUGCAGGUGUUGCUCCUUUUCCAACAGGAUCCUUUGACAUGACAAGGUGUAUUCGGAUCCAUGGCUUUUUGGAUGAAUAGGUCCAAGGAUGUGGUAUGAGUCACAUGCCUCUCCUGCUUUGGCUUGUCUCGUUUGACUCUUGUUCUGAUUUUUGCACUUGUUCAGUGAGCAGGGUUCAAGAUGACACUACUCUAAUGGAGCGUAUCUUUGCGUCAAAGAGGAAACAAUCCAAUGGCCAUGCGUGUGCGUGAGGGCUGUACUCAAAGAACUGUGGAACUUGGAAAGUCUUUUUUCACCCUGCUUGGGGUAAUGAAUAGACUGAACAAGGCACGGGCGGUUCUGGUCGGACACCUCGCGUGGACUUGGAGUGUGAAGUCUCUGCGUGCUGUUGUAUGGUUGGGCCAAUACGGUAUCAUUCUGCCCUUUCAGAAUAUUUCCUGGUGAGGGUAGAAAGUAUCCAUGUGCCUGCUGACAUUGCCCAACUUUACUUCCUGUUGGUGACAUUGUGUUACCGCUUACCACGCUGCAGCAAUCUCAGCCCAGUUUGUGCGAUCGUCAAUCCUAUUUCAGAUGUACAGCCUUUUGCAUUUUGUUGGUUGACCCUCAAUUGUGCUUCAGGCUCACCAUGCCACUGCUACGACGCCUCCAAAAGGAAUUUCUUCUUCUCGGCGGCGCCCCAACAGCGGCUACAUCCGAGAGACUGAGACCUGGGCACGCUGCAAAUUCGAAUGGCCGGACAGUCCAAAACUUCUGAGCCUCGAUGGUCAGGCUGAACCUGCUGUGGCGGCACAUGCCAGAAGCAACGAUUCUGAGAGGACACUUGUGAAGCAGUCAGCGCAUGGGUAUGCUGCAAGGCAGAGCUCCACUUUCAAUGGCUUGAAGGAGAGGCUUCGCGAAUUUUCGAUUUUGUCUCCGCAUCAUGGUGCAGCUGCGGCAUCCUAUUCUUGGGAGGACUUGCCACUGCAGCUGCAGAAUGCUUUGGGCUUCUUGCAAAAGCUGCCGGCAUUUCCCCAAACAAGCCUCAGCCAUGCAAGGCCUUUCCUGCCACCUUCAAUGAAGCCAACACUUGUUUUGGAUCUGGAUGAAACCUUGGUUCAUUGCUGCCGUGGUGAAGCUCGAAUCACUGCCGUGCCUGAUGUGGUUGUUGAGUUCGAUGAUGGUAUUAGCAUUGGCCGCGUGCACUUUCGGCCCUUCGUCCACGUCUUUCUCGAGGUGGUUGCAAAGACUUUCGAAGUCGUCAUUUUCACAGCUUCACAGCAAUUAUAUGCAGACCAGGUCAUCGAUGCGCUGGAUCCAGCCCGAACUCUCAUUUCGCACCGGCUGUACCGACAGCACUGCACGGAGUUUCAGGGCGCAUACUUCAAAGAGCUCAGUUUGUUGGGAAGACCGCUGUGCAAGUGUGUUCUUGUGGACAACUCACCCAUCUCCGUGGCUUGCAAUGCCCAGAAUGGUGUUCUUAUUCGAAGUUGGUAUGGAGACUUGCGGGACCAGGAGCUAUUGGCGCUUCUAGAGGUUUUGGAGGACAUGCGAAGAUACGAUGAGCGCAUUCCAGGCUUUGAUAGGCCAUGUUACCAACGACGGAUUUCUUGGCUGCCCGGGCAGAAUCCAUGGAUGCAGUUCAUAGCUCUUGAUGCCCACUGCUUGACAGGUACUUGUCCCAGCGAUAUGGCUUGACGGGUUUCUUUCAGGCACUUCACGAUUUCAUGCCCAACGAACCUGAGUGACCUUGAACUCAAUGGGCAGAUGUACAGAAAAGCAUUGGAGUUUUUGUGCUUCAGUGUUUUGCCGUAACACUAGGGACUACUGUUGCUGACAAGCAGCGUGACAUACAGUGACAGCAGACAUGCCUCAUCACUUGGUGGGGUUGUUGCGCGGCAGCGUGCCUUGAGAAUGGGGGGUCC